GCUCCAAACCACCACCGCUCCUCGAGUUCAGUCCGCUCGCAGCAGUUCCAGUCAAGGUCAGCCAUGUCGGGCCGCGGCAAGGGAGGCAAGGGGCUCGGCAAGGGCGGCGCCAAGCGCCACCGCAAGGUGCUCCGCGACAACAUCCAGGGCAUCACCAAGCCGGCCAUCCGCCGCCUCGCCCGCCGUGGCGGCGUCAAGCGCAUCUCCGGGCUCAUCUACGAGGAGACCCGCGGCGUCCUCAAGAUCUUCCUCGAGAACGUCAUCCGCGACGCCGUCACCUACACCGAGCACGCCCGCCGCAAGACCGUCACGGCCAUGGACGUCGUCUACGCCCUCAAGCGCCAGGGACGCACCCUCUACGGCUUCGGCGGCUAGAUCCCCCUCGUCUUCGUCCGCCGCCGCCUGCCGCAGAUUCCGAUGUGUUUUCUCCGCCCGUGCUUGCGGUCAAGAAAGCUUAGAUGGAAUGCAUACAUCCCAGCCUGUUUAGUCCCCUGUUUCCUUAGUAGUAGAUCGAAUUGUAUCGUCAAAUUCUGAAACAAAGUUGUUUGCACUUGAAUGUCGAA